UCUCCCAUUAUAAUGCAUUCAUCAUAAUAAGUGUCGCGUUCAAAUCAAAUUAUACUUUAAUUGAUUGUGAUUGCCAAUACCUUAAUUGUGUUCAAAUUGCCAAUACCAAUGUCGUGUCUUCUUUUGUUCUUUUAUGUGUUUGUAAUGAUCAAAUCACCUCAUGCUGCAACAAAAAUCAAAGGCCGUGAGGCAGAGUCUCUGUUGAAGUGGAAAGAAAGCUUUGACAACCAAAGCAAAGCAUUACUCUCUUCAUGGAUUGGUAAUAAUCCUUGUAGUAGCUGGGAAGGAAUCACAUGUGAUGAUGAUUCAAAAUCCAUCAACAAGGUAAAUCUCACCAAUAUUGGACUAAAAGGUACACUUCAAAGUCUCAAUUUCUCAUCACUUCCAAAAAUCCGUACCUUAGUUUUAAGAAACAACUUCCUGUACGGCAUUGUUCCACACCAUAUUGGAGAGAUGUCUAGUCUAAAAACUCUUGAUUUGUCGAUUAACAAUCUUUUUGGAUCAAUACCACUAUCCAUAGGUAAUUUGAUUAAUUUGGAUACUAUUAACCUUUCAGAAAAUAAUAUCUCUGGACCACUUCCUUUCACUAUAGGAAAUUUGACAAAACUCAAUAUACUAUAUCUUUACUCAAAUGAUCUCACCGGACAAAUUCCACCUUUCAUAGAUAAUUUAAUUAAUUUGCAUACUCUUUACCUUUCAUACAAUAAUCUCUCUGAACCAAUUCCUUUCACUAUUGGAAACAUGACAAAACUCAUUAGAUUAUCUCUUUUCUCAAAUUCUUUCACUAAGAAUAUUCCAACAGAAAUUAAUAGGCUUACCGAUUUGAAAGCACUCGAUUUGUAUGAUAAUAAUUUUGUUGGUCAUUUACCUCAUAAUAUUUGUGUCGGUGGGAAGUUGGAAAAAUUCUCUGCUGCUCUUAACCAGUUCACAGGCCUAGUUCCAGAGAGUUUGAAGAAUUGCUCAAGCCUUAAGAGACUGAGGCUUGAACAAAACCAACUGACUGGAAAUAUAACAAAUAGUUUUGGUGUGUAUCCAAACUUGGACUACAUGGAAUUGAGUGAUAAUAAUUUGUAUGGUCAAAUUUCUCCAAAUUGGGGAAAGUGCAAGAAUCUCACAAGCCUUAAAAUCUCCAACAAUAAUUUGACAGGAAGCAUACCACCAGAACUAGGCAGAGCAACAAAUUUACAUGAACUUAACUUGUCUUCAAACCAUCUUACGGGGAAAAUUCCAAAGGAGCUAGAAAACUUAUCUUUGUUGAUCAAACUCUCGUUAAGUAACAAUCAUCUUUCUGGAGAAGUUCCUGAACAAAUUGAAUCAUUGCACGAAUUAACUGCAUUGGAGCUUGCAGCAAAUAAUUUCAGUGGCUUCAUCCCUGAAAAACUUGGUAUGUUGUCUAGGUUAUUGAAGUUAAAUUUGAGCCAAAAUAAGUUUGAGGGGAACAUUCCUGUUGAGUUUGGCCAAUUGAAUGUUAUUGAAAAUCUUGAUCUUAGUGGGAAUUCUAUGAAUGGAACCAUACCAGCAAUGCUUGGCCAGUUAAAUCACUUAGAAACAUUGAAUCUCUCACAUAACAAUCUCUCUGGUACCAUUCCCUCAAGCUUUGUUGAUAUGUUAAGCUUGACAACUGUUGAUGUAUCUUACAACCAGUUGGAGGGUCCGACUCCAAACAUUACAGCUUUCGGAAGAGCUCCAAUUGAAGCAUUGACAAAUAACAAGGGCUUGUGUGGUAAUAUCUCUGGCCUAGAGCCUUGCUCAAUAUCUGGUGGCAAGUUUCAUAAUCAUAAGACAAACAAAAUUUGGGUGCUAGUUCUAUCACUCACUCUAGGUCCUCUACUGUUAGCAUUAAUUGUUUAUGGGAUCUCAUACUUUUUUUGUCGAACUUCAAGCACAGAAGAAUACAAGCCUGCACAAGAAUUUCAAAUUGAAAAUCUAUUUGAAAUAUGGAGCUUUGAUGGCAAAAUGGUGUAUGAGAACAUAAUCGAAGCCACGGAAGAUUUUGACAACAAACAUCUCAUUGGGGUUGGAGGACAUGCAAGUGUUUACAAAGCAGAGUUGCCUACAGGUCAAGUGGUAGCUGUGAAGAAACUUCAUUUAUUACAAAAUGAAGAAAUGUCUAAUAUGAAAGCUUUCACAAAUGAGAUUCAUGCUUUGACAGAAAUUCGACAUCGCAACAUUGUGAAGUUAUACGGGUUUUGUUUACAUCGACUACACUCAUUUUUGGUUUAUGAAUUCUUGGAGAAGGGUAGUGUGGACAUCAUUUUGAAGGACAAUGAACAAGCUGCUGAAUUUGAUUGGAAUAAGAGGGUGAAUAUUAUUAAAGAUAUAGCUAAUGCCUUAUGCUAUCUGCAUCAUGAUUGUUCCCCUCCUAUAGUUCAUCGAGAUAUAUCCAGCAAGAAUGUUAUUUUGGAUUUGGAAUAUGUAGCUCAUGUCUCAGAUUUUGGAACAUCUAAGUUUCUAAAUCCCAAUUCAUCCAAUAUGACUUCUUUUGCAGGCACCUUUGGAUAUGCUGCUCCAGACAAAGGCUAAAGCCAACCUCGAUACAAAUAAAAAACACAAUUCCCCGACUGCAUUUUCUGAAAAGAAUUGAAGGUUUUUCAAUAAAGAUCACACAAUUUCUGUUACCAACACAGAAACCCGAAGCAGAAGCUGAUAGAAUUAAUUUCGUUAAGAAUAAGAAAGGACAAAAGUUGAUAAUCGUAUCCAAACUUCAAAAUAAUUCACGAUUCAAGUCAUCAAUCAAAAUGACAACAGUGACUGGCUACACAAAGCUCAAGUGUUCAACCCCUAAAAAAUCAUAAUCUAUAAUAAUAAAUCGAGAUUCAUCAGAAUAAAGUAAGGUUCAUGUUACGGCUCAACAAUCGGACAGAAAGAAUUGAGAUCCAUGCUGUGAUUCAUAUCAAAUUAGAUACGCGCAAUUUGCAUAGGUUAGGUUCAUUUUUGUUUCAAACCGAGAUACGACUAGAAUGUAUUGUAAAAUAUUUAUAAACAAGGUUAUGAUGAUAGAUCAGAUAAUCUAGUACUAGUGCUGUCAAAAUGAAUUUUGGCUUGAUGUCUUCUCUCAUUCUAUAUUCCUUUAUAAAUAGUACAGACUCAGUAGCUA